AUGAAGUUCUCCAGAAUCGCGCUGCUUAGCGCCGCAACUCUCGCGGUCGCCCAGCCUCAGCAUAACCAUGCCCGACUCCACGGAAAACGAGGCACACCAGUCGAAGCUCGCGACGCUGCGUACACCACUGUUGUUGCUGGCCCAGUCGUCACCGUAUAUGAGCUCAAUGGCGUAACCAUCACUUACGACGACGUCCAAGCAGGUAUCAAGUCGGGCAAAUAUGUCCUUAUUGGCGACACUCUUCAGAGCGUUGCUCCAGCUCCUGCACCCUCAACUUCAGCUGUUCCACCACCACCAUCUUCCACACCAGUGCCAAGUUCAAGCGCCGUCAAGGCUGCUGUCUUUGUGGAAAAGCCGACCACCUCUUCAACACCAACCCCUACCCCUACUCCGACACCAAGUAGCGCCCCGGUCGCUGCAUCUUCUUCGUCUUCCCAAGCCGCUGCCACGAGCUCUUCCCCAUCCAAACCCUCAAGUGGUGAUGGUGAUGUUACCGCCGAGUUCCCAAGCGGUACAAUUCCUUGCUCUACCUUCCCUUCGGCUUACGGAGCUGUCUAUGUUGACUGGCUCGGUCUUGAGGGAUGGAUCGGUAUCCAAAAGACUCCAAGUUACUCCGCUGGAGCAAAGUCCAUUUCCGAGAUUCACACUGGUGUCUCUGGUGGUUGCGAAAAGAACUCUUUCUGUUCCUACGCCUGCCCUCCUGGUUACCAAAAGUCUCAAUGGCCAUCUGCUCAAGGUAACACUGGACAAUCUAUUGGAGGACUUUACUGCAACAGCAACGGUAUGCUCGAGCUUUCCCGCCCAAGCUACAAGACCAUCUGCCAGAAAGGUGCCGGAGGUGUUUCCGUCAAGAACAAGCUCUCCAAGAACGUCGCCGUUUGCCGUACCGAUUACCCAGGUAGCGAGUCCGAGACUGUUCCAUUGGACUGUGCUGGAGGUGCCACGCUACCAGUCACCAACCCUAUCGCAUCUGAAUACUACGAGUGGGAAGGAGCUGCUACCUCUGCUCAAUACUACAUCAACCCAGCAGGUGCUUCUGUCUCUGAUGCUUGCAAGUGGGGAACCGCUGGCUCCAACAUGGGUAACUGGGCUCCUGUAAACAUGGGCGUUGGAACCACCGAUUUCGGUACCUUCCUCUCCAUCUUCCCAAAUGCUCCAACCAACCCAGAUGGAACACUUGACUUUAACAUCAAAAUUACUGGAGAUGUUACUGGUAAGUGUGAGUACAAGAAUGGACAAUAUUACACCAACGGUGUUGUCUCUCCAACAGGAUGCACAGCCGGUGUUACCAAGGGUGGAUCUGCAGUCUUCGAGUUCUCAUAG